AUGUCGCCAAGCGACAUCUUUGGCGCCGUCAUAGGGCCAGCUCGACUAAGGAUCACUGGAGAAUUCGUGGCAGGCCACGAGUAUGGACCACGGAAUACAACACACAAGAAAAGCAAACCUCCUCGACAAUUGUUCUUCUCAGCCAACGACUCAGACCACAAAGCAGGCCAGCCACCGUAUCCUUCCUUGCAUGCAGACAGAAGAUCGUUGGCCACCAGCCUCUCGUCAAAGAGCGCCGAAGCUGCCGAGGCUGAGGACAACAAAUCAAAACAAGACCAAACCGGGAGGAGUAAACAAUGCGGGUUGAGGCUUCAACAACGUCCUGUGCCAAUACUUCGUAUGCAGCCUAUCCUGUUGCCGUACUUUGGCCGUGCUGUUUUCGGUUGUGGCCUGGCCCAAAGAGGUGGAGGCCAACUGGGUCGGCCUGACCCCUAG